UUUCAGCAGCUGUUCAUUGAUUCGAUGCUCCGACGUAACGUGCGACUGAGAAAAGAGUACUUAUACAAGAAAGCCUUGGAGGAGAAGGAACGUACUACUCUGGAGAAGAAGCGGAAGCUGAGAGAGGCUCUGGAACAGAACAAGUCGGUGCCGACUGAGCUAAGAGGAGAUACGAAGUUGCGGACGACUCUUGACUUGGAGGACGACAGAACUAAGGUGCAAAGGCUGGCCAUCGAUGAUGAAUACCAAUACCUUGGUGUUCGUGAGCCGAGGGUUCUGGUCACUACCAGUCGUAAUCCCAGCUCGAGGUUGGGGAAGUUCGUGAAGGAGGUGAGGCUGCUCAUACCCAACAGUCAGCGGAUCAACCGAGGCACGUACGUUAUGAAGGACUUGGUGGACUUAUGCAGGAAGAACGACAUCAGCGAUAUGGUUAUUGUACAUGAGCACCGAGGUCAGCCGGAUGGACUCAUCGUCUCGCAUCUACCUUACGGCCCUACGGCUUACUUCGGCCUCUCGGACGUGGUAUUGCGACAUGAUCUUCCGGAAAAGCCGCCGAAUAUGCCCGAGACGUAUCCCCAUCUCAUCUUCCACAAUUUCGGUGGGAAUAUCGGUACCCGAGUACAGACAGUCCUAUCGGCACUGUUCCCCCCGUCCAAGCCCGAUAGCACACGAACUAUCACAUUCGCCAAUGACGGUGGUGACUGCAUCGGCUUCCGUCAUCACACUUUCGAAAAGCCCACCAAGGCCACUAAGAAUAGAGCUGAUGUCAAGGCGGAAGAUGUGAAGCUAUAUGAACAGGGUCCUCGGUUCAACAUGCAACUCUAUCGUCUCGAGCUGGGCACUCUGGAUAUGCCUGAUGUGAAGACGGAAUGGGUGCUCAGACCGCACUUCAACAAUCAGCGCUCGAUCCUGGCUGGCCAAGCUAUAGUGGACGAGUGAAUGUAGUCCUUCAGUUUAUACGCCGGCUAUACUGUCCAUAAC